GACUAUCUGGACUAGUGCUCAAUAAAAUUAAGUAAAAAAAACUUUCAGAUGGAAAAGAGUAAGUGAACAUUGAAGCUCAACUUUCUAAGAAGAGAAUCUUUUUCAGCAAGAGUGAUCUCAAAUCAUACUCUUCCUGCAAUGGAGGCUUUGAGAGUUGAGGAAGCCUCGAAUUUCAGGUCCCGUUGUGUAUAUGAUGUGUUCCUGAGUUUUAGAGGCGAGGAUACUCGUAAGACUUUCACUGAUCAGCUUUACAAAGCUUUGGUGGAUGAGGGUCAUCGAACAUUCAGAGAUGACAAUGAAAUUGAAAGAGGGGAAAAUAUCAAAUCUGAAUUGGAUAAAGCAAUUCAUAGCUCAAAGAGUUCAAUUAUCAUCUUGUCCAAAAAUUAUGCAACAUCCAGUUGGUGCCUUGAUGAGCUUGUCAUGAUUCUUGAAAACAAGAGGAGAAGAGGACAUGCUAUAUUACCAGUCUUCUAUUAUGUGGAUCCACUCGAUGUUGGAAAGCAAAUGGGGAGCUUUGCUGCUGCAUUUGCUGCGCAUGAGCAACGAUUAAUGGAUGAAGGUAAAGAGGAGUGGAUCGAGAAGAUCAAAGGGUGGAGGGCAGCACUCAGGGAAGUGGCCGAUCAACGUGGAAGUGGGAUGGUUUUACAGAAUUCUACACAAGAGACUGAGUUGAGAUUUAUAGAGAAACUUGUGAAGGUUACCGAAAAUAAAGUAAGCCGUUCAAUCCUAAGUGUUGCUCCUUACCUAAUUGGUAUACAUUUUCGGGUUGAAGAUCUUUGCUUGUGGUUGCAACAUAAAGCAGAUGAUGUUGGUAUUUGGGGCAUUUGUGGUAUGGGUGGUAUAGGGAAGACAACAAUCGCCAAAUAUGCAUUUAAUUUGAACUUUGAAAAUUUUGAUGGAAGCAGCUUCCUCCUCAAUGUUAGAGAUUUUUCCGAUUCUACCGAUGGACUAAUCUAUCUGCAGAAACAAUUUCUUUCUGAUAUUCUUGAUGGAAGGAAGAUUGACAUUCAGAGUGUUGAAGAAGGAAUCGAUGAGAUCAAAAAUGCUGUUUAUGGUAAAAGAGUUCUGGUUGUGCUGGAUGAUGUUGAUGAAGUGCACCAAUUAGCUUGUAUCGGUGGAAUGCGAGAUUGCUUUUACCCAGGUAGUAAAAUUAUUGUGACAACUAGGCACAUAGAGUUACUGAGGGCUUGUGAAAUUGAAUUGAUUGAUCGAGUUCAGAAACUGAACAAAGAUGAAUCACUUGAACUAUUUAGUUGGCAUGCAUUCGGACAAGCCAAUCCAGUUGAGGAUUACACCAAGUUCUUGAGAAGGAUUAUAGAACACUGUAUUGGAUCUCCCCUAGCUUUACAAGUUUUGGGUUCUUCUCUCUCUGGUAAAAAACUGGAUGUAUGGGAAAGUAUCCUGAUGAAACUAGAGGCAAUUCCUAAUAGUCAAGUAUCCAAGAAACUGCAAAUAAGUUUUGACUUUAUACAAGAUGAUCAUGACAAAAGCCUAUUCCUUGAGAUUGCCUGCUUCUUUCUUGGAAAGAAUGUAGACCACGUUGUCACUAUCCUUGAUGCAUGUGGAUAUUAUUCAAUGGUUGGUAUUCAGAAUCUCCAAGAUAGAUUCUUGUUAAACAUUGAUGAAUACGGAAAACUGAUGAUGCAUCCAUUAGUUAGAGAUAUGGGACGAGAAAUUAUACGCCAAAAAUCACCCAAGCAUCCUGAAAGACGGAGUAGAUUGUGGCAUUACAAGGACUCAUUUAAAGUUCUGAAAGAAAAAACUUCUUAUGUUCUUUCUUUCACAAAUCAGUAA